AUGGCAGCCUCCAGGAAGGCACCGCGAGUAAGGGCCAGCCACCGGGACUUUCAGCUGAAAAACUUAAGAAUAAUUGAACCUUACGAGGUGAUAUAUUCAGGAGGCCCAGGUAUGAACACAGACGGCAGAAUGCCUCCCAAAGUAACUUCUGAGCUGCUUCGGCAGCUGAGACAAGCCAUGAGGAACUUGGAGUAUGUGACAGAACCCAUCCAGGCCUACAUUAUCCCGUCGGGGGAUGCCCACCAGAGUGAGUACAUUGCUCCGUGCGACUGUCGGCGGGCCUUCGUCUCUGGAUUUGAUGGCUCUGCGGGCACAGCCAUCAUCACAGAAGACCAUGCAGCCAUGUGGACGGACGGGCGCUACUUUCUCCAGGCUGCCAAGCAGAUGGACAGCAACUGGACGCUUAUGAGGAUGGGUCUGAAGGACACACCGACUCAGGAAGACUGGCUGGUGAGUGUGCUUCCGGAAGGAUCCAGGGUUGGUGUGGACCCCCUGAUCAUUCCUACAGAUUACUGGAAGAAGAUGGCCAAGGUCCUGCGAAGCGCCGGCCACCACCUCAUUCCUGUCAAGGAGAACCUGGUGGAUAAGAUCUGGACAGACCGGCCUGAGCGCCCGUGCAAGCCCCUCCUCACUCUGGGCCUGGAUUACACAGGCAUCUCCUGGAAGGACAAGGUUGCGGACCUUCGGUUGAAAAUGGCCGAGAGGAACGUGAUGUGGUUUGUGGUCACCGCCCUGGAUGAGAUUGCGUGGCUGUUCAAUCUCCGAGGAUCAGACGUGGAGCACAAUCCGGUAUUUUUCUCCUACGCAAUCAUAGGACUAGAGACCAUCAAGCUCUUCAUCGAUGGUGACCGCAUAGACGCCCCCGGAGUGAAGGAGCACCUGCUGCUUGACUUGAGCCUGGAAGCUGAGUACAAAAUCCAGGUGCUUCCCUACAAGUCCAUCUUGAAUGAGCUCAAGGCUCUGUGCACCAGCCUCUCCCCGAAGGACAAGGUGUGGGUCAGCGACAAGGCCAGCUACGCUGUGAGCGAGGCCAUCCCCAAGGAGCAUCGCUGCUGUAUGCCUUACACCCCCAUCUGCAUUGCCAAAGCUGUGAAGAAUUCUGCCGAAUCAGACGGCAUGAGGCGAGCUCAUAUUAAAGAUGCUGUUGCCCUCUGUGAACUCUUUAACUGGCUGGAGAAAGAGGUGCCCAAAGGUGGCGUGACGGAGAUCUCAGCUGCUGACAAAGCAGAGGAAUUUCGCAGGCAACAGGCUGACUUUGUGGACCUGAGCUUCCCGACAAUUUCCAGUACAGGACCCAACGGUGCCAUCAUUCACUACGCGCCGGUUCCUGAGACGAACAGGACCUUGUCCCUUGAUGAGGUGUACCUCAUUGACUCGGGUGCUCAAUACAAAGAUGGAACCACAGACGUGACCCGGACGAUGCAUUUUGGGACCCCUACGGCCUAUGAGAAGGAAUGCUUCACGUAUGUCCUCAAGGGCCACAUAGCUGUGAGCGCAGCCAUUUUCCCAACUGGAACCAAAGGCCACCUCCUCGACUCCUUUGCACGCUCAGCGUUGUGGGAUUCGGGCUUGGAUUACCUGCACGGGACGGGACACGGUGUUGGGUCUUUCCUGAACGUUCACGAGGGCCCCUGCGGCAUCAGCUAUAAAACGUUUUCCGACGAGCCGCUGGAGGCCGGCAUGAUCGUCACUGACGAGCCAGGGUAUUAUGAAGACGGGGCCUUUGGAAUUCGCAUUGAGAAUGUGGUCCUGGUGGUUCCUGUGAAGACCAAGUAUAACUUCAGCAACCGGGGAAGCCUGACCUUUGAACCUCUAACUUUGGUUCCGAUACAGACCAAGAUGAUAGAUGUGGAUUCUCUUACAGACAAAGAGUGUGAGUGGCUCAACAACUACCACCAGACCUGCAGGGACGUGAUCGGGAAGGAGCUGCAGAAACAGGGCCGCCAGGAAGCGCUCGAGUGGCUCCUCAGAGAGACGCAGCCCAUCUCCAAGCAGCACUAA